AUGUCUGUUCGCAUCUAUCUAUCUAUCUAUCUAUCUAUCUAUCUAUCUAUCUAUCUAUCUCAGUCUGUUCAUCUAUCUAUCUAUCUAUCUAUCUAUCUCAUUUUCUUUCUUUCUUUCUUUCUUUCUCGAUCUGUUCUUAUCUAUCUAUCUAUCUCGAUUUGUCCCUAUCUAUCUAUCUAUCUAUCUAUCUAUCUAUCUAUCUAUCUAUCUAUCUAUCUAUCUAUCUAUCUAUCCGAGCCUGUCCGUAUCUAUCUAUCUAUCUAUCUAUCUAUCUAUCUAUCUAUCUAUCUAUCUAUCUAUCUAUCUGUAUUUUCGUUAUCUAUCUAUCUAUCUAUCUAUCUAUCUAUCUAUCUGUAUUUUCGUUAUCUAUCUAUCUAUCUUCUCAUACCUAUUUAUCUUUCUGUUUCAAUCUAUUCAUAUCUAUCUAUCUAUCUGUAUUUUUAUUAUCUAUCUAUCUUCUCAUAUCUAUUUAUCUGUCUAUUUCAAUCUAUUCAUAUCUAUCUACAUAUCUAUCUAGCUAUCUCUCGGUCUUGUCAUAUCUAUCUAUCUAUCUAUCUAUCUAUCUUCUCAUUAUCUAUCUAUCUAUCUAUCUAUCUCUAUCUAUCUGUAUUCUCAUAUCUAUCUAUCUAUCUAUCUAUCUAUCUAUCUAUCUAUCUAUCUAUCUGUUUCAGUCUAUUCAUACUCUCUCUUGGUCUUGUCAUAUCUAUCUAUCUAUCUAUCUAUCUAUCUAUCUAUCUAUCAUCUAUCUAUCUAUCUAACUUAUUAACUAACUUUCUGUUUCAGUCUAUCUAUCUAUCUAUCUAUCUAUCUAUCUAUCUAUCUAUCUUAUCUCCUUUAAUAUUAUUUCUUUUUCCCGUUGUGAAUGUUCAAUUUGCCUAUUUUAUUUCUUUCCCUCUUUGGCAUUUGUAUAUUCUUCGCGAGAGAAUGCACAAAAUGAAAAUGCAAAAAGGGUGA